UAAAUAUAUAAAUUCGUUCGUGGGAAUACGCGAUGCAUUUAAAGUUGAAGCAGCUGCAAUGGAUACAUGUCACAGACACAGUCUUCUUCUUCUUGUUCUUCUGCUGCUUCAUCUCCUUGCCUCUUUCUCAACCCUCCUUGCUGAAGAAAGUGAAGCUGUGGCAAAAGCAAGGGCUUUGAAUCAGAAGUCGGUUACUGCAGUUUUAGUGUUUGGAGACUCUACAGUAGACUCUGGAAACAACAACUUCGUCAAGACCAUUUUCAAAGGCAACUUCGCACCUUAUGGAAAAGAUUUUCCAAAUCAACAGCCCACCGGACGUUUCAGCAAUGGACGCCUCUCCACUGAUUUCAUUGCUUCAUACGUUGGUGUGAAAGAUUUUGUGCCUCCUUAUUUGGACCCAAAUCUCAGCAUUGAGGACCUCAUGACGGGAGUCAGCUUUGCAUCGGCCGGCACCGGAUUUGAUCCCCUGACACCCCAAAUAAGCAAUGUGAUAGGGAUACCAGAGCAAUUAGAGUAUUUUAAAGAGUACAAGAAAAGGCUGGAGUCUGCCAUUGGAAAGAAAAGAACAGAAAAUCAUAUCAAUAAAGCUUUGUUUAUUUUAAGUGCUGCAACAAAUGACUUCGUUGUUAACUAUUUCACGUUACCUGUUCGACGAAAGUCCUACUCCGUUUCAGGUUACCAGCGGUUCAUAUUGAAUAAUGCUCUGCAAUUCAUACAGGAAUUGAUCGGCGAAGGAGCAAAAAGAAUAUCGGUGACCGGACUACCUCCGAUGGGCUGUUUGCCGGUUGUGAUCACACUUUUCUCGAAGAAUGCGAUUUUAGAACGCGGUUGUAUUGAAUACUUUUCCUCCGUUGGAAGAGAAUUCAACCAAAUGCUGCAAAAUGAAGUAAAUCGGUUACACGAUCGAUAUCCCGACGUCAAAAUCGCUAUCUCAGAUGCAUAUGGACCACUCUCAGACAUGAUCCAAGGCCAACAAAGCUCUAGGUUUGAGGUGGUAAACAGUGGGUGCUGUGGAACGGGGUACCUGGAAGCAGGAAUACUGUGCAAUCCAAAGUCAUUUCUGUGCGAUGAUGCAUCAAAAUACGUAUUUUGGGAUUCAAUACAUCCAACUGAGAGGACUUAUUAUGACGUUUUUAUGGCCUCACGUCCUACUAUUGAUUUUUUGAUAAGUGAUGCCUAAUUUUUUUUUUUAAAUUUAUGGGUAUGUUUAUUUUUAUUAAAAAAAUUGUUACGAGAGGAUAUGCAGUAAAAUGUAUAAUUACUCGUCAAGGAAUCUGUAUAAUGGAAUUAGGGAGUAUUAUUCCAAACUUGAUUUUAUCAUGUGAUUUUGUGAUCAUAAUAAUAAAAAAUUCUACUAAAUUUCAAUUUUAUUUUU